AUGGCCGAGGAGAGUCUACAGCUCCCGCCGGAGCACAAUCUCGAUUACCACAUCGUGUCCCUCUUUGAGCGCCUCGAGAUACUGCGGAAGGAGCAGAACCAGGGCGCCGUGAUCGUCGUUGGAGGCAGAGUCUCACGGCCCAGCAUGCAGGCUGAGAUCCGCACGCUUGAGUUCUGGAGGUCCAUUAUCUCCGAGUGUAUUGCCUCAUUUUUCUACGUGUUCAUCGUUUGCGGAGCCGCAGCGGGUGCCGGCGUCGGGGCGAGCGUCUCUAGCGUCCUCUUGGCAACUGCUCUGGCCUCUGGCUUUGCCGUUGCAACUCUCACUCAGUGUUUCUCGCACAUUUCAGGCGCUCAUAUCAAUCCAGCAGUGACUUUGGCCCUUUCCGUGGUGCGAAUGGUGUCGCCUCUGAGGGCAGUCAUGUACAUCACGGCGCAAUGUGGAGGAGGAAUUGCUGGGGCAGCUCUUCUAUACGGUGUGACUGUUCCGGGAUAUCAAGGGAAUCUUCAGGCUGCGAUUUCUCACAGUUCCGCCUUGGCAGCUUGGGAGCGCUUUGGAGUAGAGUUUAUUCUCACGUUUGUCGUUGUGCUGGCGUAUUUUGUCUCCACGGAGUCGUACAGAAGAUAUCUAGGAGCGUCUUCACUGACCAUCGGCGCUGCUUAUAGUGCUUGCAGCUUCGUUUCCAUGCCCUACCUGAAUCCCGCGCGGUCUCUGGGACCGUCAUUUGUGCUCAACAAGUGGGACAAUCAUUGGGUGUACUGGAUGGGGCCCAUGGUUGGAGGCAUGGUGUGUGGCCUGCUCUACGAGUACAUCUUCAGCCCGAAGCGCUACCAGAAGCGCUCCAAGGACUCCGGCGACAAUGACUCUUCAUCCUUGCAAUCCGAAGAUGAGAUGGACUAUCACGUGGACAUAGAGAAGCCAACUCUGCCUUUGCCAAAGUUCCACGGAUCGGCCUACAACACUUACAGAUCUGCUGGCGGAGUGACAACGAGUGGCCCGUAUCCGCAAAAUCUCUACUCGACGGCGCCGCAGACCAAGAUGGAGCCAAUUUAUGGAGGAACCAGAUCUCUGUACUGCAAAUCUCCGCCACUCACGCGUGCGAAUCUCAAUCGGUCUCAGUCUGUCUACACAAAGAGCAACACUGCCAUCAACCGUGACAUGGGAGCGCUUCCACGACCAGGACCCCUUGUGCCAGCCCAGAGCCUCUACCCACUGCGCGUGACACAGACACAGAGCAGCCACUUACAGAAUCAGAACGUCCAAAACCAGAUGCAGCAGCGUUCUGAGAGUAUCUACGGAAUUCGCACUGCCGUUCGUCAGAAUGAGAACCAGACUUUCCAGCCCAUCUAUGGCACUCGAACAGCUCCAAGUGCAGGAGAUGGGCUCAAAUAUGACCGCGAAUCGAGGAGACCUGACUCAGUUUAUGGGGUUUCCGGUGCUCGCAAUCGAGGACAAUCUGCGCAAUCGGAUGACAGCUCUUACGGAUCCUACCACGGAUCCUCUCUGACUCCAACGGGCCGCAUUGGUGCGUCUCAGCAGCCCAAUGGAGACAUUCCCCUGAACACGUACUCCUGCACGCGCGGGCAGAACGAUAGGAAGCCCUCGGGGAAUGGUCAUCAGCAAGUGCCGCCGCCGCCUCCUCCGGGAAGUGGCUACGGAUGCUCGGCGAAGCAGCAGCAGCAGCAACAGCAGCAGCAGCAGAACUGCAUGGCGGCUCCACCGCCGCCGCCUCUUCAGCACCAAUAUCUUCAUCCCAUCAGGCAGCAGAACUGAAGCCGGCUGCAUUGUAUUUAUGCCCAUUCAUUAGUCUCUAGAGACACUUUUCACCCUCUCUAUAGUGACAAUAAGACUUUGUGAAGAUCCAGCGGCGAACAGAAGGGCGCGUAAACAGCGGGCAAUUUCUUUAUUGCUUCAAGAUCAAGUGCUGAGCAAAGCGCGACCUCGUGACGCGGUUUUAUGAUUGUUGCAAUGCACAAAACUAUAUUAAUGUAUUUAUUUACUUUUUCCAUAUAAAAGUAAUAUGAAAUACGACAAAGCAAAACAUCUUUGCUCACUCUUUGCGUGAAAAUCAUUUGCGAAAAGUCGAGUAAAUACCUUUUUUAACGCCUCGCCAGCACGUAAGCACAAGUUCACUGGGAAUUCUCAUGGUUUCCGCUGUGCUAAUCAAUUUUGGAGGAGAGGAAAAUUGAUUGGGACGUGCUCUUCGUGCUCACCACUGUAUGUUCUUGCGACUGUAUCGCGCUCGAGUAGUUUGAGAUGCGUAAUAAUCGAGACAGAUUAAUUCCAAUGUUGAUGAAUUGAAUAUAUAGUAGAGAUAUAAUGAAAUAUUUAUAGGAAAUUGAACAAUUGAAGGUAUAAUAUCUAACAAAAUGACUGAUGUUGGUUUUUCGAGGACCCUUUUACACCCAGGAUUAUUCCCACUUUUUUUAUUACAUGUACAUAAUUUAGGUUUUAUCACAGGUAUUUUUGUACUGACUUGAUUUUUUCCUCUUUCGAGGUGAUUUUAUAUUACUAUCUCCUUGUCUCUGUCUGUCUUAAGCUUUAGCCGUAAAAUUACAAUUUAUGCGAGAGUGUGAGAAAUUUAGUUUGUAAUUAAUUUAUAGACACACACAAUGAAUAAUUAAUUUGUAAAAAAAAUUUUGCACCUCUCAAUUCUCUUCCUUUUUCUUGUGACUUUGGAAUGGAGUUUACACAAGAAGAAAACAAAACAACCACUUAUAUAUACACACACAACAAAACUGUAUAAGAAAGAAAUAAAC